GUAAAAAUAGACAACCAACCAAAUAUCACCAUGGAGCCACCUUCUUGUUGAUCUCUGCAGGUGAAUCUGCACUGGGACAACCUUAAACUCUCUCUCUCUACCAAUACUUGCAUUCUGUUGAAGGCUUCAACGACUCCCUUCAAAGUUACUUCUCCAGUUCAGCUUUUCCCUAUUUAUACAUAUAUUACGCAGACACACACACAGCGAGAGAGAGAGAGAGAAAGAGAGAUUUAUUGGGAAGAGAGAAGAGCGGAGAACCUAGAGGGGAGAGCGAGAAAAUGAGGGCCAAUGGAGAUCUGGAGAACAGAGGAGGAACAAAGAGCAGAGACAACACGUACCCACCAACAUAUUACUCUUCUUCUUAUGCAGAGUCAACAGAGACUCAAUGGACUUCAUGGUUGGUCCCAGUGAUUGCGGUGGCUAAUGUUGCUAUGUUUUUUGUGAUUAUGUACGUCAACAAUUGCCCCAAGAACAUUUUUGGGCGCGAAGGGGACUGUGUGGCUAGGUUUCUUGGAAGACUUUCUAUUGAGCCUACUAAGGAGAAUCCUCUCUUUGGCCCCUCUUCUUCGACGCAUUACAAUGUUCUAUAGGAGUUUGUCCUGUGGGUUGGAAAAUAUAAUUGUAUGGGGUGGUUCAUCCUUUUAUCAGUUUAUUUCGUUUUUCGCAGCACUCUUCAAUAUUAGGAUCAUCUGUUCUAGAAAUAUGGGUCUACUCAUACCACUGGGCAAGCGAUGGGAAUGGUUCCUCAAUUUCAUAUGAUAUCGUGUUUUCUUGUUUUGCUGUUGUGAACACAAUUUAUGUUUCCACAUCUUUUACUGUGUGGAAGUUACAUGGCAAUUUCUUUCAGUACAUAUGAG